CAACGCUUUUCGGGACGAAACUAGAUUCGUUCGAUUUCUAUUGUUAUGGUUCUGUUGAUUCUGGUGAUCGCUUCCAUCGGAAAUGGCUCGAUUGUCUUUUCCAUACCAGAGUUGCGCCACUCUUGAUAUAAUGCAUGUCCAAUCUGGAAUUCUCGUUCUCUGCUGUAAUCACGGUACCGAUUUAGUCACAUGGGGGGCUGCCGCCCCCAACCCCCGCCCAGGAAAACAAAGAAUCCUCCACGUAUUUACGGCAGGAGAGAGCGCCGGACAGACUCGGCAUCGGGCGGUCCCGCAUGUCAGUCGUAGUUACGAAAAUUACACUGCAGGGGGCUGUGCCCCCUGUUGGAGGCGGCUGCCGCCCCCCCCCUCCCCGCCCAGGAAAACAAAGAAUCCUCCACGUAUUCACGGUAGGAGAGAGUGUCGGACAAAGUCGGCAUCAGGCGCUUCCACAUGACGUUCGUACGCACGCGAAGCACCGCACAUUUAGUCAUUUCAGUGAAAAUAAACCUAAAACACGCUCAUGCAGACGAGGGGCCGGGGUGAGGGUCGUCAUAUCAGUGGAGCGGCUUGCGGGAGCGGGAGCGCCGGAGAGGUCUGCGUGAGCACGAGCGACGCGACGGCCGAUCGCAGGGCAUUUCAGAGGGUAGAACUCCGUGUUCACGUAAUAGUUUCAAGCUAGCCUCAUCGUCUUCAAAAUAACUUUAUAUAAAUUGGAAUGGUUUGAUAGCACAUCCUACACACGCGGAAGUCAUGGCGAGACUAAUUUGAAGAUUGAAUUUCAUAGCUUCUAUUUUAGCUAAUGUUCAUUCAUUGGCUGUUUCCCUCGUGAAUUCUUUCCCCAUUGGCUAUUAAAUUAACCGCCAAACAAUUGACCAAUGAAAUCGUGACACUGGUCGUGACGUCACAGGCGAGAUAACAGGAGCAGUACGGGUAAGAGAGACCCCGCGCAUGCGCAGUGAAGAAUUUGGUCAGUUUUCCCGCAGCUCUCUUGUGAAUCUCACCUCGUUUUAUUAUUUCUUAAAUUUAUUUUAAAAAUUAAAUAACUUCGUUAUUAUCAAUUUGCGAGACAAGUUUAUUUAAUGAAAAGUGAUUGUUAAUUAAAUAUCUUCAAGGCUAUAAGCCGCUAAAGAUGAUGUGAAGAUGAUGCACCUCACAGCAAACCACCGCCACGCUGCUACCUUUACACAUGACGAUCCAAGAGACCAUGGAUCACCACCAACCAUCUGCAGACGCCUAGUAGAGCCUGUCUCAAGAUGUGCCAUCAGUGCAGAAGACGUUCAGAUGGCUCGAGGACGAGCCGAUUUGCGUGGCCGAGCGAUGUCAAGAACGCACAUCCGGCCAUGGUCGAAACGGAAGCUGUACAUUCCUGUCCCGGUCCAGAGGAAACAGCUGAUCACACCAACCACCUUACUUGCCCAGUACUUUCUCAUCCUGGAGCAAUUCCGGCGAAUUCACCCCUUUGUCACGGCCGGAAGAACUGGCAUCCCAAGAAUCAGAAGCAGGCACCAGCCCAGGACAGGAGCUGCUGGAUAAAAGGACGCCUCGUCAGGCAGAUCGGAGAGACCAGCAGACAGGAGAACAAGAGCAAUCACUGGAAGGGAUGGGUCACCCUCCGCCUCGUACGUGGGGGCACGGGUCUCUUGUGGGGUCACACCUUUACC